AGGGUACGCUUAAAACGUGUCUAGAUGUCUUUGUCAAUAAAGCUCAUCGCUAGCAGCAUAUCAGAUCUUGAGUCAACAGAGACCCCUCGAAUCCUCUUCAAAAACCUUGGGACAACAUGCCACUGAAGGCAGUAUAAACAACCAUGGCUAGACUCACAGGCCAGCAAGAACCAAUCUUCAUCCUUCCUUUAUCCUUCCUUUAUGAGCUCAAAAGUGAAGCACAAGUUUGAAGUUUAAAGGAAAUGGGCUGUGGAACGAGCCAGGUUAAAAAAACAGAGCGGUCUAAUUCCCAAGUGACCAUCGAAUCCCAGCAGCGCACGGUAGCAGCUUACCGGCGACAGCGCAUAGCAAGGGACAUGGAACAGGUAGCAUCCCUGCGAGCUGAGGCUGAAGUAGAGAAGGCGCUGAUGCUGAAGAGAAGUAGCUUGGGCAGCGUGGAUGACCGUAGACCAUCGUAUGUGAUGCGCGUGCUGGAAGAUCUUGCGGAAGUGGAGGAAGGUCAAGAGGAAGUAGAAGAAAGAUGCGCCGAUCCUGUCAUUCCGAAUGGGACUUAUCACAAUGAAAAACUGGCGGAACUGGAACAUAACAUGAAUAAGAGGAAUACUGCGUUACAUUCUUCAGUAACGCAGCGACAUAGCGCAACACCUGAAAAUGAACUUGAGGAUGAUUUGCUCCUUAAUACGCGAGCGCAGAAUAACGAACUGGUUGAAGAUAAACAAAACGAGAAUGAUACAGAUAUUGUGUUACAUACUUCAGUAACGCAAGAGAACAGCGUUACACCCAAAGAAGAACUACCAGGCAAUUUGGAACUUACUACGCGUGCGCAGAAUGAUAACGAAAAUGCAUUAGAUUCUGCAGAAGCAAAAGACGGUUUGUCAAAAACCAUUGAAACAAAGGAAGAGUCGUACUUAGACGUUACUACUUGUACACAGAACGAUGAACAAAAUUCAAAUCCAAUUUCUGAUUUGGAAACAAUACGAGAGGAAGAACGAGAGGGAUUUGGGAGCAAGGACCAAAGGGGCUCCAUAUUUCAUAGUACUACGCAUGCGCAUGAAAAUACUGCAAAAACAAACCAUAAUUUAACUCACCAUGAAAAAGAAGAAGGUGAUACAAGAAAGGAAGAUGACAUGGAAAAUAAACUUGUUCUAACAGCAGAAAAUGAUAACCCGAGAGAAUAAAGAGAGCCUGAACUAAGAGAAAAAUAUGGGCUUGAAUUCCAGGGACUGGAAGGGAAUAAAGUUCAGGAAUCUAUGGAACUUCCGAACAUUUCAAACCAGUCUUUUCAUAGCUAGUAAGCUUAAUAUAUAUUGGUAUGGUGUCAUCGUGUUAAGUAGGUAAGAGUGUUGGUACGAAAUUAAUUUUUAGAAAUGGCUGCGAUUGUUUAAAGUUCAUUUACAAAUUUACAUCAAAUGUUAGAAUUUAAGGUAAGCCACAGUAUUGCUAUUAAAUAGCAUAUGCAUAUCCAGCCACAGGGAGCCCGGCUUUAGAAUUUCUACAUGAAUAAAUAAGUCAAUAAUGUACUUUGGGUUUCCUGUGUUGAGAUUUGAAACAAGACGCUGAUACGUUGAAUUUCCGGUAAUCGUACUACCAGUAACUUGAUAGCAGAUUAACGUAACGUACUAGGGCGUGCGUUACACUAAUACGUUAAAUUUGAAUUAUAAGCUGCUCUCGAGUUACUUACAUUAAUCUGCUAUCAAGUUACCAAAUCUCAACACAGGAAACCCAAAGUAUAUUAUUGACUUAUUUAUUCAUGUACAAAUUCUAAAGCCGGGCUCCCUGUGAUCCAGCUGAGCGGUGAAUUUUCUUUUAGCCAAUCACAGCGCGUUUAGCCGUUGCGCCACCGGCCCUCAUUCCCAGGCUACUGUAACUCAACUUUGGCGUAUUUUUCUGAUUUCUUUUGACUAAAAUAUAUUAUACGUGGCUACAAGCAGCAGAAAAAUGGAUAGGAAGAAUGAAAACAAUUCUACUUUACCGUCAUGUUUGCUUCACUCUUUCUAGUCUCUAUACUAAUAGCGGCUGCAUAGGAGACCGUUCUUCCAAGCUCCAAAAAUGCUCAGGGCCGGUCAUUUUGUCCACUCAUGCUUUGCGCGUUGCGUUCACCGCUGAGCUGUAUAACGUUUAAUGGGUAGAAUAAAAGCCUUUUAAAUAAUCAUUUAAAAAUACUUUAUUAAUUGCGCCUAAAUGCGAUAACAGUCUUCCCAAAUUAGGUUAAGUGUACGGUCAACCAUAUCAUAUUGCUUGGUAUGCACAAUCAGCUGAACAAAUGCGAAUAUCAUUAUACUAGAGGUGUCUACAAUAACUAACAGAAACACUGCCCGUCAUGUGCUAUCGACCAGAGAGAAUUCUAUUGCUUGGUAUUAAUCAGCUGAAUUAAUCUCACGAAUCUCAUUACCAGCCUACAAUAUAACAGGCAAACACUGCCCGUCAUGUG